AUGAGCACUGCACGCAGCGUACUGGUCGUCCUGAGCGGCGCCAAGGACAUUAACCUGAAGAGCGGCAAGUCUCAAGAGACGGGCUUCUUCCUGUCCGAACUCUAUGUGCCUCUGAACAUGCUGGAGCGGGCCGGAUACAGGCCCAUUUUCACGAACCCGACUGGAGAGACUCCUAACAUGGAUCCGCUCUCCGAUCACAUGGUGUGGUUCGGCGCUCCGGGCGAGUACAACAAGGCCAAGGCCUGGCUCAAGGACCACCUCGAAGAACAAUCGGAGGGAAGCCUGACUCGGCCCAUUCCGUUCUCGGCGUGGGGCGAGGCUGACCUCUUGCCCAUCGACGGCCUCUUCGUGCCCGGCGGUCACGCUCCGAUGGUCGAUCUGCAUAACAACCAGAAUCUGGGCUACAUCAUCCACCACUUCCACAGGCACGCCAAGCCCUCCGGCCUGAUUUGUCAUGGACCCGUGGCCCUGCUUUCGGUCAAUCUCGCCAUUCCCAUGGACCAACACUGGCCAUACACGGGGUACAAAAUGACCGCCUACUCCGAUAAAGAGGAAGCCUUCAACGAACUGCUGUGGAGAGACCGCUUGCAGUUGCAUGUUGAAGACGCGCUCAAAGAUGCAGGAGCCCGGUACGAGGCGCGCUGGCCGUUGCUGCCAAACGUGGUCGAGGACAGGGAGCUCAUCACGGGCCAGGGGCCAACCUCGGCCUGGCGGUUCGGCGAGGCCCUCCUGGCCGCCCUCAACACCUACGACCUCUCUCGAGUCCAGUCCACGCCCUCUGUCCAUUGA